AUGUCUGAAUCAGUGGCCAUUAUAGGUGCAGGAUUAGUAGGCUGCCUUGCAGCUUUGGCAUUCUCCAAAGAAGGCUACAAUGUCACACUAUAUGAUUUUAGACAAGAUCCUCGAUUGGACACCACCAAAAAUAAAAAUUUGAAAUCCAUUAAUUUGGCUAUUUCUGCUCGUGGCAUUGAUGCUCUGAAAUCAAUAGAUCCGGAUGCUUGUGAACAUAUUCUGCAAGAUAUGAUUCCCAUGAAAGGCAGGAUGAUUCAUGACUUGAAAGGCAGACAGGAAUCACAAUUGUAUGGCUUGCAUGGAGAAGCUAUUAAUUCUAUCAAUAGAUCUGUAUUAAAUAAUAGCCUUUUGGACGAAUUAGAAAAAUCUACAACAGAACUGAAGUUCGGUCACAAAUUAGUCAAAAUCGAAUGGACAGAUGAUAAACAAAUCUGUCAUUUUGCCAUUGGGGAAGAUUUGAAAACCCCACAUACUGAAAAGUAUGAUUUUGUCAUAGGUUGUGACGGAGCAUACUCUGCGACGAGAUCGCAAAUGCAACGUAAAGUUGAGAUGGAUUUUUCACAAGAAUAUAUGAAUUUACGUUACAUUGAACUUUACAUCCCGCCUACUGAGGAAUUCAAGCCAAACUAUGGCGGAAAUUUUGCAAUAGCUCCUGACCAUUUGCACAUUUGGCCUCGUCAUAAAUUCAUGUUAAUUGCGCUCGCCAACAGUGACGGCUCGUUCACUUCAACCUUUUUCGGUUCUAAAGAUCAAAUAUCAGAUCUGAUAACUUCCAAGUCACGUGUGAGGGAAUUCUUAAUCGAGAACUUUCCCGAUAUUAUUAAUAUUAUGGAUUUGGACGAUGCUGUCAAAAGGUUUAUCACUUAUCCAAAGGAAAGUCUUGUCUGUGUAAACUGUAAGCCAUACGAUGUACCAGGCGGAAAGGCCAUCCUACUCGGCGACGCUGCCCAUGCAAUGGUUCCAUUUUACGGCCAAGGUAUGAAUUGCGGAUUUGAAGAUGUGAGAAUUCUUAUGGCGCUAUUGAAAAAGCAUUCAGGAGAUCGUUCAAGAGCCUUUACUGAGUACACUCAAACAAGACAUAAGGACCUAGUUUCUAUUACUGAGCUGGCAAAAAGGAACUAUAAAGAAAUGUCACAUGACGUUACAUCCAAGCGGUUUUUAUUAAGGAAAAAGCUAGAUGCUCUCUUUAGUAUUAUAAUGAAGGAUAAGUGGAUACCUUUGUAUACAAUGAUAUCUUUCAGAUCCGAUAUCUCGUAUUCUAGAGCUUUAGAAAGGGCUGGAAAGCAAACACGUAUCUUGAAAUUCUUAGAAUCUCUGACACUCGGUAUGUUAUCUAUUGGCGGUUACAAGCUUUUCAAAUUUUUGACAAGAGAACGUUCCUGA